AUGAAACUAGAUGGUGCAAAUGAGCAGUUCAUUCAGACAUCGCAGGUGGGUAACCAAACCCAAGGACUUCCUCGUGACGUUUUCCGCAGCAGAUUUCAAUACUUUCUGACAAGAUACAGAACUUCCCUUACUGCGAUAGGUAUAGAGCUGGCAGUAUAUGCUUUCACCACUAUUCUUUCUCGCCUAACCAAGGAUACUGAUGUAAUUAUUGCUGUCGCAUUGAUCACAGUGAUUAUAGGAAUUAUUGUAGUCGUUGCAACUCCAUUGAUCGUUUCUGAUAUGAUCCACAAGCGGACUAUGACUAGGACAAAUACGGUACAGUUCAUGAAAGAGAUUGCAACUGUGAAACCAGGGAUUGAAGCGCAAGAGUGGGACGUGGUUGCCGCUAGAAUGAAUUCGGUAUUUUACAGCAGCGACUCAUUGACAACGCCUUAUUUUUUUUAUGACGGGGAAGCCUGUUACUCUUACUUUAAAAAUGUCUACCUUCUUCCGUAUUUGAAAAGGAAAGAUUCCAGCACUUCUAAUGAAGAUACCAUAUAUGAACUUCGACCUUUGAUUGACAAAGUUUUGGGGGAUUACGAAGGAAGAAUCAACAAAGACUGGCAUCGAAUACUAAAUGAGGGCACGUCUGGCGAGAACCAGGCCGUGGGAGAAUGA